AAUAACAAAGCCUUUGACAUUUUGAUAUUUCUUCCCACAGUGCCCGCCAGCCAGCAGAACCCAGAGAGUGUGGUGGUGUCUGUAAAUAACAUCAGUGCACAUACUGGCUCUCAGGCCCUCCUGGUUUGUCAGAGCUAUCGCAUGGUAUGGACACAGGACAACCUUCUAGACAGGCAGCGUGUUCUACACUGGGACCUGAUUAGCAGUCAGGGGUACUACCGUGGGGAGCGGCUACUGGACAUGUUUUCAGCUGGAGAGCAACGCUUAUAUAGCGGAUAUAACCAAGGCCAUAUUCUGGUGUCACCAAGUGCCUUCCGAGAUGGCAAUUUCUCCUUGGUGAUAAAAGAUGUAUCAGCAAGUGAUCAGGGUCUGUAUUCAUGUAACCUCCACCAUCAUUACUGUCACCUGGAUGAAACAGUCAGAGUCCAGCUGAACACCACCAAGUCAGAACGUAAAGCAAAGAUGUAUUGGGAUGGCGAAAAAGUCGUUAUUGUGGCUUUAGUUGGCACUGACGUGGUACUACCAUGUGAGAACUGGAAUCAUAUAUGGACCGAUCGCCACCGAGAAACAGACCAGCAAGUGGUACAUUGGGAUCGGCAAGCCCCAGGAAUCCCACAUGACAGAGCUGAUCGCUUGAUCGACAUGUAUGCUUCUGGGGAGCAGCGGUCGUAUGGUCCUCUAUUCAUCAGAAGAAAGAUGAACAUCACAGAUGAAGCGUUUGCCCAUGGAGACUUUUCCCUUCAUAUAUCGGACCUGACAAAAGGAGAUGAAGGAACUACUCUUGCCAUCUUCACCAUCAUUACUGUGGACUUCAUGAACGUAGAAUCUUUCAUCUAAAAAUCUACGAUCCACCCAGGGAACCUCCUAAAGAACCUCCUAAAGAGCCUCCCAAAGAGCCCCCCAAGGAAGAGGAACCAAAGAAAACAAUCAAGGACUCCUCAGCAGCUCCAGCCAAAGAUUCCACCAUCAUCCGGGAAAACAAAGUGAUCAAUGUUAUAAUUCCGGAAAACAGGCUGCAUUUCUUCCAGCAGCUCGGAUACAUCCUGGCAACCCUUCUACUCUUCCUUCUCCUUCUCACAGCUGUAAUUCUCAUCACCCGCAAACACUGCAGAAAAGGUUAUGGUUAUCACAUGAGUAAACCUCAACCGAAAGAGGUCAACAUGAAGGAAAUUUGCUUGAGACCCCCAGACCUGAUUCAGUAUAAAAAGGAGGAUCUCCAUAUUGAUUAUAAAAAUAACAUCUUGAAGGAGCGUGCUGCCAUGGACAGACCCUUCACGCCAAAGAACAUUGACUUAGACCUCGAGCUACGCAAGGAGUACUGUAAAUAG